GUCGCCAAAAGAUAAAAUAAAAAUUUGUGGAAUCACACGAAAAGUUUUAAGAUACAGCUUGUUAUGGCCAGUUGAAAACGACGAAUUAAGUCCUGGAAUUAGAUACAAACUUACGAUUUUAGCCUUUUUCUCAAUCACUGGAAUACUUGUUUUCUCAAUAUCAGUUUACUCAGUUUUGGAAAUCAAACAGGGUUACGAUAUAGACGUCGAAGAUGUGGCAAUUCUUAUUGCAGUUUAUGGCACUUAUUACAUGGUUUCUGCUUAUUUAAACAACCAACACCAGAUAGCUUUAUUGGAACGUGAUUUGUCUCAAUUUUACAAAUUUGGGAAACCUCCAGGAUUUGAACAACUCAACAGUCAAUUAAAUUUUGCAGUCAAGGUUUUAAUAAUUUAUUCGUUUCUGGGGACUUUUGUCUACAACGGAACAAAGAUGCUACUAAGAGAGGAAUGUAAAAAGAACAGCCAAGAGAAGGGUUUAAGUGAUAACCAUUGUGGAUUAAUUGCCACUUUUAUGUUCCCUUUUCGAGUUGAUUAUUUCCCUGUUUUUUACAUAGUUCUGGUUAUCACAUUUUUGUUGGCCCAUACGUUGAUCAAGCUCUGUAUGCACAUUUCGUUCAAUGCUUACGAAAUCGUCAAUCAUAUUGUGUUAAGGAUUGAGCAUUUAAAAGAAAUGAUUUUGAGUUGUUUUAACGAGAGGAACCAAACAAUCGUGCAAAAAAAACUAAGAGUUUGUAUUUUGUAUCACAUUGAAAUACUUGAUAUGGCAGCAAGGUUGGAUAAGAAUUUUUUUAAUACAAUGUUUGGCCACUUUGCCCUAACUGGCGCAAUUUGCGCCUGUUUGGAAAAACAAAUAGUUUUGGGUGUGAAUAUUGUAGCAGGGACUUUGCAUUUUAUCGGCUGGAUUAUAGCUUUGUUUGUGGGUUGUGUGGCAGGGCAAUGUCUUCUUAAUGCAAGUGAGAUCAUUCCUAACGCACUCUGGGCGGCUAAAUGGUAUCACGCUGAUUUGCGAACCCAAAAAACUUUACUUUUUAUGUUGGCAAGAUCGCAGAAAGAACUCACAAUCAAGGCUGGACCGUUUGGAAUUUUGUGCUUUCCACUUUUUGUGACGGUUUUGAAAACGUCGUACUCUAUUCUGUGCAUGUUAACGUCGUAAAAAUAGAACAAAUAAAAUUGUUUGUUUUUGCACCAAAUUGCAUCACAGUAUUAAAAGAGAAGCAGUGGUGUAUUUAGGUAUAAAAAAGCAAAAAGGUUUUUCUUGUCUGUGUGACGAGACAUUUUAUGUUCUGGAUCAUAAGCAUAAGCAAUAAUAAGAAGGCAAAUAGUCGUAUAUUUUGAUAUGAUCUUCUCAUUGGCGCCAAACUAGCUCUGUCUGUCUUAUCUCAUUCUGUUUCGGAUUAAAAGCAUUGAAAAAUUAAAUUUCAACUUAGAAAUAUACAGAAUGGGUCAUUGAUGCGUGUUUCGUAUGCAAUUUUCACGAAAACUGUUGGUCGGAAAACAAUUUUUUUUUUGAUAAAGGCAGAUAUUAGAAGGACUUUCCAACAAUACUAAACUUCAUAGGCUUAUUUCUACUACUUUCGGAGUUAUUGCUCGAUAAAUUUUCCAGGUACCGAAAAUCUUGACAAAAAUCCUAAAGUAAAGUGAAAAAAUGAAGAUUAAAAACAUAAUGCAAUUCCCUCUUUUGCAUUUUUAACACCUCAGGAGGAACGUAAAGGUAUAGAAAAACUAUGCAACUUUGGUGGAACAAGGUUAAAAAAAAUUGAUUUUUUGGUACCUUGAAAGAAAGUUGCUAUUUCACUUUUUACAAUUUUUAAACGGCGAUUACGCCGAAAUUUUUAGACCUAGAGCAAAACGGUUUGUUUCUGUAAAUUUUGCAGCUUAUCGUGAGUAUUGUACACCGCUUACUUGAAAAUAUUUAUGCAAUUAAUAAAAAUUUGAAAAUA